AUGACCCAACUACUCACAUGGUCAAAUGCUCUUUCUGAAUUUUCAACAUCCACCCCAACAUGUACCGCUAAAGCAUACUCCCUGGCAAUACAUACCCAAGAACUACAAAAUCACACACUCAUUAACUCAAACAUUACAACAACAUGCAGAAUUCGUAUGACAGUCAUAUCUUCAAUUCCCAAACGAUAA